AUGUUCCUGUUUAAAGGCCAAGAAGAUCUUCAUCUGGAUGAGCGAAUUAUGCAGUUGUUGCAUAUUUGUAAUCUUAUGCUUGCUGGUAAUUCAUCAAGUCGAAGUUGGCCUCCGUAUUGUGCUCGCCAUUACGCCGUGACUCCUCUUGGGACAAGAUCAGGACUAAUUCAAUGGGUUGGUGGUGCAACACCGAUGUUCCACAUUUAUAGAAAGUGGCAGCUGAGACAGGCCCAAAUUAAACAUUCUAUGGAGCGAAAGAAUGGUGUCCCGGCCACGACAGCGGCGCUUGACAUUGAUCGACCAACAGAUUUGUUCCAGAAGAAGAUGCGUGGAGUUUUUGCGGAUAAUAAUGUGGAAGCAGCAGUAAUUGCGGACCGCUCCAAGUGGCCACAUAAUCUACUGAGAGAAGUUUUCAAUACGCUUGUGAAAGAGACACCCAAGGAUCUCAUCAGUCGGUAA